GCAGAGCGCCAUUUUAGAGAGGCAAAGGAAGUUGUUUUGUGAAACAACUUCAAACGCUUGAAAGGCGAAGAAAGAUAACUAAUAUAAAGCUAAAUACUUUACGGGCUGUUACUGAUAAUUUCGUUGGGUAAUACGUAGUCUAGAGAGAGAGCAUUUUCUGGAGCGAUUAUUUUGAAUCUGUUGGCAGGAACAGCAGCAGGCGAAUCCGAGGUCAAAUUGGGCCUAUUUUAGAAGGAGGCAACGGUAGUUCGCAGGCUAGCUCACUGGCUGAUUGGUUAGCUUGCUAGCUAGGUAACUAUUCAUUUUCUGGUCACAGAAAAAGAAGCAGACGGGACGGUGGGACAAAUCCCUGCGGAGACCAUGGCAGACGAUUUUGACAUUGAGGCUAUGCUAGAGGCUCCAUACAGAAAGACUUGCCUAAUGAUAUCUCACCUCUACUCCCAUGAAUUCACCUUUGAUUCCAGUGUGAACUGUGAAAAAAGUAAGGUAGUAAUUGCGCAAUGUAUUGAUGUACUGUGAUCCCCCUAGGACAAAAAGAGCCUCAUCUUAGAACAUCCUAUCACCUGUUCGGUUGCAACAAGGUGAAUGCAAAUGGAUGAUAAUCAGCGCAUUUUACCUCACAUGCAAAGGAGACAGUAUUUAAAAUUUCUGUUGACAUGGUAACUAACGGCAUUGUUCCACCAUGUUUACACCUGUUAGUUAGAUUGACCGUGAUACCAGUAGUUCUGGCACAUAUUCUAUUUAUAUGCAUUGACAUUUGUUAUGCAUCGUUGUCAAGUAAGUCGGACCUGAAAUAGACCUUACGUGUGUUAGUACUUUUACCCUUACAUGUCUUUUCGUAGAUUAGUCUACUGACUCAUAGUAUACGUUGUUUUACAAAUCAUUGAUAUGGCUUAAAUGUGUAGUCAUGAUUUUGCAGAGGUCAACAGAGUAAGCUAUUGAUAACUUUGAAAUAUGAAUACUGUCUCCAUGCCCAAGUCUAUUGAUUCCGAUUCGUAAAUCAGCAUCUUGACUUUGCAUGCCUUUUAACACCAGUAAUAUUCAAAGUUUAUUUUCUUAUUACAACUUAUUUAAGAUUUUCAUUUCAAGAUUUCAUUUCCAUGAUACAUUUAGUUAUUGAUUUCACCAAUAAGAAUAGUUUUCCCCUCAUGAAAUACAAGCCAAAAUGGAUCACCUCCAUUCAGCCGGCACUAAAAGAACAAACAUAGGUCAUUUAACAUGAGGCUGAACUAGUGGAUUUUUUCUUUUCAGUUUUUCUUGGGAGUCCAUAUUACUAAGCAGUGUGAAUCCCUGUUUGCUUCAGGGCGAGAUGUGUGACAGAGGUGGCAUCGAACUCUUACAUUCCAAGAAGGAAAAUGGGUGAAGAUCACUGGACUGGCACCAACCACAGGAUCUCUUUUAGUGGCUGUGGGCCAAGCAUGGCCUCAGUGGGCUUAGGAACAGAUAGUGGUAUUGGUACGACAAAGCAGGAGGGGUGGGGUUGAGAUGACCAAACUGUUACCAUGGCUUACUGUAGCAUGCCAAAAUGUUAGAUACUUUCCCCAUACACCUUGACUUUUGGUUGGAUUGAGUACUGUACAGUAUGUAGUUUUAACAGUGGGUGGGGGGUGGGGGUGGAACUCUACAGGGGCUGUAGAUGGACCACCUUAGAUACUUCUCCAAACAUAUCAGUAAUGUUAACAGUAUUUUUACUAAAUGAAUAUAUUCUGUAUUUUCUUGUUCCCUCCCCUUACCCCUGACGACUUGCAAUGUUUCCUCUACGUCCUCAUGAUGUUCUUCUAUCGACCCUGCUUAGGAUGAGAUCAAGUCCUCUAGCGCUAAUGGACAUGAGGAGCGCAGUAGUAAGAAGAAAAAGAGGAGCCACAGUAGGAGUAGUCGGAGCCCGAGCUCUGACAAGCGCAGAAGCAAGAGCAAAGACAGGAAGAAGAGCCGGGACAGGAAGAGGAGCAAGAGUCGGGAGAAGAAACGCAGCCGCAGUAAGGAGCGCCGCCGCAGCGGCUCCCAUAGCAGGGAGCGUGCCGGGCGCUACAGAGGACGCCGCAGCCCCUUUCGUAGGCGCUCAAGAAGUCGUAGUCCCUUCAAGAAAGACAAGAGUCCAGUAAGGCAACCAAUUGACAACCUGACCCCAGAGGAGAGGGAUGCCCGUACUGUGUUCUGUAUGCAGCUGGCAGCCAGAAUCAGACCACGAGAUCUAGAGGACUUCUUCUCUGCUGUGGGGAAAGUGAGAGACGUGAGGAUGAUCUCCGAUAGAAACUCCAGGAGGUCAAAGGGCAUCGCCUACAUUGAGUUUCUGGAGGCGAAUUCGGUCCCAUUGGCUAUUGGCUUGACUGGACAGAGACUUCUUGGAGUGCCCAUCAUUGUCCAGGCCUCUCAGGCUGAGAAGAACAGAGCAGCAGCAAUGGCCAACAACCUUCAGAAGGGUAAUGCUGGCCCCAUGCGGCUGUACGUGGGCUCUCUGCACUUCAACAUCACAGAGGACAUGCUGCGAGGCAUCUUCGAGCCUUUCGGAAGGAUUGAGAGCAUACAGCUGAUGAUGGACAGUGAAACUGCACGAUCCAAAGGAUAUGGUUUCAUCUCAUUUGCAGAUGCAGAGUGCGCUAAGAAAGCAUUGGAGCAGUUGAAUGGCUUUGAGCUGGCCGGACGGCCCAUGAAGGUUGGUAACGUGACAGAACGCACCGACUCCUCCACCGCCAGCUCCUUCCUGGACAACGACGAGCUGGAGAGGACGGGCAUUGACCUGGGCACCACCGGGCGCCUGCAGCUCAUGGCCCGGCUGGCAGAGGGUACUGGUCUUCAGAUUCCUCCAGCUGCACAACAGGCUCUACAGAUGAGUGGUUCCAUGCACUCCUCUUCAAUCCACUUCGGCAACAUGGCAGCUGGUACAGCUGUUGCCAACCCUGCCCUGAACCUGGGUCCAAGCAUGAACCAGGCCAUGAACCUCCCAACUCAACCACUGGCUACACACUGCCUACAGCUGUCCAACAUGUUCAGCCCACAGUCGGAAAAUGAGCCUGGUUGGGACAUUGAGAUUCAAGAUGACGUCAUGGAGGAGUGCAACAAACAUGGUGGAAUUGUCCAUAUAUAUGUCGACAAGAACUCACCUCAGGGCAACGUGUACGUAAAAUGCCCCACUAUCCCAACAGCGAUGGCUGCGGUGAAUGCCCUACAUGGACGGUGGUUUGCAGGUAAAAUGAUCACUGCGGCGUACGUACCCCUCCCAACCUACCAUAACCUUUUCCCUGAUUCAGUAACGGCCACCCAGCUACUGAUGCCUUCGCGGCGAUAAGUCUGCCAUGCAUGGCGUAGAUGUUGCAACGCCUGUGGGCUUCAAAAUGUACAUAAUGUUUGCUAAUAUGUUGGGAACUUAUUUACCAGAGUAGCAAAAUACUGCACCAGUCCACCCAAUCUUCAUUCAGAAAUACAAAAGGUUUUGAAGGAUAUUUGUUUUAUUGUUCAAUCUGACAGCCAUCAGGCUGAGCUUGAGUUCUGUAUCCGCACAUUUCUGUUGGUGCACUUGCGCAAAUUACGUUGUGUGUUUCAACCUUCAAGGAGUUGUUAUACAGUGAUAAGUGGGUACUAAGUAGAUUUAAGUUGAAACUGACCACAAAAGAACCCAUUUUGGGGAUAACCCCAAACUCUGAUUCUAAGUGCAGUUUGCUCUGUCCUCAUCCAAUUACCACUUAUCAUUGUACGUUUUGUCAUUCAGUUCGGCUUUAGAAAUUGAUUUGCCCAGUAAGUUUUUCAGUUAAUGUGUUAAAUGAAAAGAACAAUGCCUACAAACACCCAAAAACAGAUCUAUUUUUUUGUUGUUAACAACUUCAAGGUAUUCAUUGUGUUUGAGAUCACUAAGUUUUUAACAUUUUUAAUCAAGACUUGAUUUUGUAAAAACUCUUGAUUUAAAAUUUACUAUCAAAAUAAGUGAUUUGGGUGGUUCAAUUGUGAUGUGCAUUUUGUCUUGUUGACAUUGGAUUGUUUCAUCUGGAAUGAAGGGGGAUGUGAAAUAUGUGUUUGUAAUAAAAUCCUAGUUUA